AGUCAUAUAUAUUGGACUCCCUGUGUUGCUCAUACCCUUAACUUGAUCUUGAGUGACAUUGGAUCUAUUCCUCAUGUUAAGAAGCUUGCCUAUCGAGCUACCAAGGUCUCCAAAUUUGUUUACAAUUAUGGUCCAAUUUAUUCCUGGUUGAAGACAAAGGAGAAUUGGAAAGAAAUAGUGAGACCUGGUGCUACUAGAUUUGCUACUACAUUUCUGAGUUUGCAAAGUACUUUUGAGCACAUGCAUGAUUUUGAGGAACUGGAGUUUAGUGAGUUCUUUAGAGAAAGUGAUCUUUCAAGUACUAAGGAUGGAAAGGAUGUGAAGGCAAUUGUACUUGAUCAACAGUUUUGGGCUGAUUGUGACUUCAUUGUUAUGUUGACAGCUCCAAUUGUUAAGUUGCUUCGAGUUGUGGAUUCAGAUAGUAAACCAGCAAUGGGGUAUGUGUAUGAUGGGAUGACUAGGGUGUCAAAUGCUAUUAAGACAGUUUGUGGAGAUAAGGAGGACAUGUACAAACCAUACAUGGAUAUCGUUAAUAGGAGAUGGGAUAAGCACUUGAGCCGUGAUUUGUUUAUGGCAGCUCACUAUCUUAAUCCGGCUAUUAAGUAUGCUGAUGAUUGGAUAGAGGAUAAGGCGGUUACAUUUGGACUUCUUAAUCUUCUUGAGAACUCGUCUUUAUGUCCUGAUAAUAGUGUGUGGUGGCGGAGAUGAAUUUGUAUGCUGAAAAGAAAGGAAACUUUGGGAGGAAGAUGUCAAUAGAUUCAGAAACAACAACCAGGUAAUUGAUAUCACUUGCAUUGAAGUUCUUCUAUUUAUUACAAUAUUUAAGAAACUAACAUCUAUGCUUUAUAUGUAGAUAAGUGGUGGAAAUGGUUUGGCAUUGAUGCUCCAAAUAUUCAGAAGUUGGCUAUUCGAAUUCUUAGCCAAACUGCUGCUUCUUCUGGUUGUGAACGUAAUUGGAGUGUCUUUGAACGUGUGCAUACCAAAAGAACAAACAGAUUGCAUCAUAAAGUGCUUAGUAACUUGGUGUUUGUGAAUUACAACUUGCGAUUGCAGAAUAGAUAAUGAUUUUAAUU